GGCACGGGGAUGAACUGAUUAGAUCAGACAUGUGAAGUGGGCAGGCGCGCCCAGCGCUUCUGCUUGCCUUCUCCCUCGGCAGAGUAUUUAGCGGGAACUCCUGGUCACUAUAUCAGCCAGCAAAAAGGGAAAUAAUACUCGCAUCAAGUAGAGAGACGGAGGAGACGGAGGAUGGGGAGAGGGUUGUCGCCUUUGCGUCUCUUGUUGGGUCGGUCACCGUCCAAGCGACAACAGCAGGAGCACCUACACCAGCAACAACAACAGCAGCAACAUCAGGGAGGGCAGGGCGCGCAAGCGCAGGCGGGGGGUGGUGGAGAUGGAUGUGAGCCUUCUGGCACGGGCAAGGGCAACGCCACGGGGGACAGGAAACCCCUUGCGCCGGCAGAGAAUAAUGCGCGCGAAGGGGAUACUCCGGCCGCCGAUGGUGCGGCGCCGGUCGUUGAUCGGAUAGAUAUCGGCCGAGCCGCUGGGUCAAAGCAUCAUCAUGGUAAAACCAAGCCGUCAUUUGCGCGGCAUAAUGUAGGAGCUGGAGGGGAUGCGAAAGGAGGGGGCGGAGUUAACUUAUGUGUGGGAGCUGUGGAUGCAGGACGGGGUUUGGCGGGAGGAAGUGCCAGAGAGCGAAGCUCUUCUAGCACCCCGCCACGUGGCGCAACUGGCCCCGGCUGGCACCCGGCUAUGCGGGGCAAUUCGAACACGAACCCGAAUCCGAACGCGAACGGAGGCGUUCCGCUGGCGACCGGUGGGAUCGCCACCGGGCAAGGGCAAGCUGCGAGGCUCCCUCAGCCGCAGCAGAGCGCCAGAGGUGGGCAGUCCGAAUUCGAAGGGGCUAAUCCAUCACCAGGUGGACUUCCCGGGUCAUCAGGUAGUCGUAUGUUGUCAAACCUUGCGGCAGCAGCUGUGCAAGACGGCAAUCGAAGUUCUCCGAGAACGCCGGUCAAAUUGCGGCCACCCCCCGGCUUCGACCAGAGCUCGACCGCGAUUGCAGAUCCGCCGCAGCCGACAGGAGGCGUUUCCGAGCAUCAGCAGCACCAACAAAACCACGCUGGUAUUAGUAACAGACGAGCGGGAGCUAAUCAGGGUACGCCCGGCGUUGCAGAGGUGGGGGAUAAUGCGCGCUCGAAAACCCCUCGCAGAUCCGACAUGGCCGGCGCCCCGUCAUCGGCGGCGGCGGCGGCCGCGGCCGCGGCCCCACUGGGAGCAGCGUAUCGUGGAGGCAUUGGCGCGGGAGAAGCGAACGGUAUGACGCCGUCAAAUCAGCAACAGCCGGGAUCAGCGGUGGGGACGGGUGGUUACGGUGGUGCCACGCUGCCAAACACUGUAAAGCUAACGAAACAACGUGGGCAGCAGGCAAGGGACUUAGCGCUUGGUGAUGGUGGCGGACCUCCUGCUGGGCAGAAUGGGCAGGCGGGCCUGUCUCUGAAGACUGCGAAGCAGAUCUAUAGAACGCCGAAGUACCAGAAUGGCGAUGGUGGGCCUAAUGCCGCCCCUGUCAUGGGUUUUACUGGAGGAGGAGCGAGGACGGCGCAAAGAGCCGCCAUGGCUGCAGGCUCUCACAUUCCCAUGUUCCCGCACCUGCCUGUCGAAGAGUUCGAUCUGGAGGAGACAUGGAACUCUUGGACAGAAGAUCAAUCCGUCCAGGUGAUUGUUCGACUGCGGCCAAUCAAUGCAAGGGAGUCAUCGAUGCAUGGAGAUCGUCGAUGCUUGCGUCAGGACAGUCCACGGUCGCUGAUAUUCUUCACGCAUCCUGAGCCGCAGCGCUUCACAUUCGAUCAUGUCGCCGGAGAGCACGUAACGCAGGAGAGACUGUUUCGAGUUGCGGGGUUUCCGAUGGUGGAAAAUUGCCUCGAGGGAUACAACAGCUGCAUGUUUGCGUAUGGACAGGAAGAGGAAAGCCGGCGGCAUGAGCAACUGAGGUUCAACUGCAAAUGCUCUUAUCUUGAGAUUUACAAUGAGAGCAUCACCGACCUUCUAGAUCCCACUCUAACAAAUUUGCAGAUUCGAGAAGACACUAAGAGAGGGAUGUACGUGGAGAGCUUGUCAGAGAAGCCUGUUGAAGGUGUAGAUGACGUCCUCAAGAUCAUUGUUGAGGGAUCAUCCAACCGAAAAGUCGGUCAGACGAGCAUGAACAGGGAAAGCAGUCGUUCACACAGCGUGUUUACUUGUGUCAUUGAAAGCAGGGGUUGCAAUGAUGGUAUGAUCAAUGUUCGCUUCUCGAGGUUGAAUUUGGUCGAUUUGGCAGGUUCCGAGCGUCAGAAGAGCUCUGGUGCUGAGGGUGAACGACUCAAGGAAGCUGCUAAUAUCAACAAGUCUCUCUCCCAGCUUGGGCAUGUUAUUAUGACAUUAGUUGAUGUUGCUAUGGGGAAGCAACGCCAUGUUCCGUACCGGGGCUCACGGUUGACAUUUCUUCUUCAGGACUCUCUUGGAGGAAAUGCGAAAACCGUAAUGGUUGCAAAUUUGAGCCCAUCGCUGAGUUGCUUCAGUGAAUCUCUGAGUACACUCAAGUUUGCUCAGCGGGCCAAGUAUAUUCAAAAUAAGCUUCAUCCGCGGCUACCAUAUCACCCCGAGUUUCACAAGAACUAUGCGAAUUGUUCCUCUCCAAAUCCGGCGCCUUUGCAUUAUCGGAUCCAAGAGGGAUAAUUGCUUGUCCACUCGCGUGGGAAGGAUCUUCUUUGCGUGGCGAGUGAUUCACACUUGCGUACAUGGCUUCUUGAUGA